AUGGGUGACCUCGCGGAUGAGCUCCUCGCUGACAUCGAAGGUCUCUCCGACGGUGGGGAGGAUGGAAACCAAGAUAAUAAGGAAAAUACAGGGAGAACUUCAGGCUCGGCUCUGAACGCACUGAAACGCAAGGCGGAAGACGAUAUGUCAGAGUUGGAGGAGGAUGUGGACGAAGCAGGUGCGGACGGCGCCGGUGCUAUAGAAGGAUUCGUCCUCGAAGGUGGCGUUAGACCUGCGGAAGAAUUGGAUGCCGAGGAUGUGCAACAAAUGGACUUAGGGGGUAUAGACAACGUGAGCUCAAUAGCAAAGCUGGAGGGCAGCAAGCGCAUGGCAGAUAUCUUAAAGGAAAUAGAGAAAUUCCAGGCGAACCCCAGUUCAGCAGACGCCAUAUCACUACCAGCUCAUCUCAAUCCUGAAUACAACCUCAUCGUUCAAGCGAACAACUUGUCCGUGGACGUCGAUAAUGAGAUUCUUGUUGUGCAUAAAUUUAUCCGCGAUCACUAUGCGCCAAAAUUCCCGGAGUUGGAGCAACUAAUUCCAGACCCCACGCAGCAUAUACGUGCUGUGCGCAUUCUCGCAAAUAAUGAGGAAUUAUUGCGACUGCAGGACCCGACAAAAGUUGAUCUCUCUGGAGUGCUACCACCUGCCGUUAUUAUGAGUGUCCUCAUAACGGCUACCACCAGCUCCGGCCAACCGCUUACCGAAGCUCAAUGGAUAGCUGUGGAGAAAGCAUGCGACCUGGCAGACCGGCUGGAGGAUGUGCGCAAAAGGAUAUUUAUGUACGUCAGCUCAAGAAUGAAUGUUCUAGCUCCGAAUCUUUCAGCUAUUGUUGGUACAACCACAGCAGCGAAGUUGCUCGGUGUUGCAGGUGGUCUUAAUGCCCUAGCCAAAAUGCCGUCAUGCAAUGUCCACCUACUUGGUGCUCAGAAAAAACUAGCGCUUGGGUUCUCGACUGCGACACAACGUCGGCAUACCGGUUUCGUCUUCCAGUCUGAGUUAAUUCAGCAAACGCCGCCCGAGUACCAACUCAAGGUACAACGAACAGUUGGAGCUAAAUGCGUACUCGCGGCCCGCAUGGACCUUGAGAGAACUCGCAGAGACGGUUCGUACGGUCAAGAGUUACGGGAAAAGAUCGAAAGGCACAUCGACCGAUUAGCGGCGCCGCCACCUGCCAAAAUUACCAAGGCCCUUCCUGUCCCCAAUGACGGGCCCAAGAAGCGCAGAGGAGGAAGACGCGCUCGGAAAGCUAAGGAAGCGUACGCACAGACAGAACUUCGGAAACUCCAAAACCGUAUGGUGUUUGGACAACCCGAAGAGGAGGUUGGCGCUUUUGACCAAACGAAGGGACUUGGCAUGAUCGGUGUAGGUUCCGGGAAAGUGCGGGCCGGCAUGGGAGAGGCGAAGAGUCGUGCGAAACUGUCCAAAGCGAACAAGCUUCGCACAGCGAUGCUUGCGCGCGCAGCCCAAAGCAGUGCUUCUUCUACAUCGGGAACGGCAACGUCCUUGACGGUUACCCCUGUGCAGGGAUUCGAGCUUAAUCGCGCGGCAGCUGCUCAGCGUGUUAAGGAAGCAAAUGAUCGCUGGUUUGCAGGUGGCACUUUCUCUUUCGUGGGGCAGAAGGGGGAAUAA